CUGUUUAAUAUUCUUCCAUGUUUAGUUAUAACUUCGACAAGGGAAUUAUAUGAGGAUAUCAUCCAUGCCUUUCCUUGACUUUUUGAAUAGGAUUUCUCUCAAAGGUGUCCAGCGUUCAUAUACCAUGGAGAGAAAACUAGUAUCCUCGUCUCUGAAAUCAGUCAUUGCUCGAAAUCCAAGAGUCUCCAUAAACCUUUCUAUUCUCGAAGAGCGCCUUUGGAAAUGCCAGAAGCUUAAAGAUUUCUUCCAAAUCCACGCUCAGAUGACCGUUUCCGGUUUCAUUAAUGAUUCUUUCGCUGCAAGUCGCCUUCUUUCCUUUUGCACCGGCUUCCACUUUCUUGCUCUCGACUACUCUCGCCAGCUUCUCAACCAGAUAGAGAACUCCAAUACCUUCUCCUGGAACACCAUCAUGAGAGCUUAUGUGCGCAGAAAUGUUCCUCAAUGUUGUCUUCCACUGUACAGGUUAAUGCUGAAAUGUGAUUUGGUUCCAGAUAACUACAGUCACCCGAUUGUACUCCAAGCUUGCUCUUUGAGGUUUUGCGUAGUAGAAGGUGAGCAGAUACAUUCCCAUAUUUUAAAAUUUGGAUUGUGUUUAGAUCUUUAUGUUCUCAAUACUUUGAUCAAUAUGUAUUCUGUUUGUGGGCAUUUGAAGGAUGCUCGAUUCCUGUUUGAUGAAAGUCCUGUUUUGGAUUCUGUUACUUGGAACUCGAUUCUGGCAGCGUAUGUGCAGAUUGGUGAUGUGGAUGAGUCAGUUUACAUCUUCAAUAAUAUGCCUGAGCAGAACACAAUUGCUUCAAAUUCAAUGAUCGCUCUGUUUGGUAGAAGUAAGCUUGUUGAGGAUGCUCGAAAGCUAUUUGAUGAAAUGACUAGUAAAGAUACUGUGUCUUGGACAGCUAUGAUAAGCUGUUAUGAACAAAAUGAGAUGUUUAGAGAGGCAUUGAAGUUGUUUACCCUAAUGAGAGUUUGUGGAAUUCAAAUUGAUGAGGUUGUGAUGGUUAGUGUACUUUCUGCUUGUGCUUCAUUGGAAGCUACUAAGGAAGGGGAAGCCAUGCAUGGAUUGAUCAUCAGAAUUGGGAUUCAAACAUAUUUAAGUCUUAUGAAUUCAUUGAUUCAUAUGUACUUAUCAUAUAGGAACAUUAAUGCUGCCGAACUAUUAUUUGAUUUAGGUUAUUCGGAUCAAAUUUCUUGGAAUAUAAUGAUAUCAGGCUACUUGAAGUGUGGCUUUGUGGAUAAAGCAAGACAUUCAUUUGAUUCCAUGCCUCGAAAGGAUUUGGUGUCAUGGAGCACCAUGAUUUCAGGCUAUGCCCAACAUGGACACUCCUCGGACACAUUGGCCUUGUUCCAUGAGAUGCAAAUUAGAGGAGUUAGGCCUGAUGAAACUACAUUAGUUAGUGUUCUUUCAGCUUGCACUAACCUGUUUGCUUUGGAACAAGGCAAAUGGGUUCAUGCCUACAUAAGGAAGCAAGCCUUUCAAAUUAAUUUGUUUCUGGGUACAACCUUGGUAGAUAUGUACAUGAAGUGUGGUUGCACCAAGACUGCAUUGGAGAUUUUCGACGAGAUGGAGGAAAAGAGCAUUUCGACUUGGAAUGCUCUUAUACUUGGUUUAGCUAUGAAUGGAUUCUUCAAAGAAGCUCUUGAAAAGUUCUCCAAUAUGGAGAGGUGUGGCGUGCUACCUAACGAGACCACCUUUGUUGGUGUUUUAGGAGCUUGUCGUCAUGGCGGCUUGGUCGAUAAAGGAUGGGAAUAUUUCAAUUCGAUGAAGCAUAUUUAUAAUUUAGAACCAAAUAUUAAGCACUAUGGAUGCAUGGUCGACCUCCUAGGACGUGCGGGUCUGCUCAAUGAUGCUAAGAAACUCAUAAAGGACAUGCCCAUUGCUCCAGAUGUUUCUACUUGGGGUGCCUUGCUUGGUGCUUGCAAAAAGCAUGGCAACACUGAUAUAGGUGAGGGAGUGGGUAGGAAGCUCAUUGAGUUUGAGCCCCAGCAUGAUGGAUUCCAUAUCCUACUAUCUAACAUAUAUGCUUCAAAGGGGAAAUGGGAUAAUCAGAUGGAGGUCAGGAGUUUGAUGAAGAAAAGAAAGGUGGUCAAGAUACCUGGGUGUAGUAUAAUAGAAGCUGAUGGUAAUGUACAUGAGUUCUUAUCAGGUGACAAUGUUCAUCCCCAAAUGAAUGAAAUUGAACAAAUUUUAAAUGAGAUGGCAAGGAAUUGAAAAUGGAAGGAUAUUAAGUUAACAUUGCUGAAGUUGCCUUGGACAUUGAGAAUGAAGAGGCGGAGUUCCUUUUAAUCUGCAUAUAUAGAAUCUUGCAAUUGCCUUUGGGCUCAUCAGCACAAGCCCACUUGCACAAAUAAGGAUACUGAAGAAUCUACAAAUAUUUCUCCAAUAUUCAUAGCCUGUGAUUAAAGAAAAUGAUUUCUCCAAUAAUGCUAAAUUUCUUCACAACUGUAUGGUUGAAAAAAAAAGGUCUGCUGGAAUGAUGUUGCCCGUUGGAUGUGGCCACUCUUCACAGAAGAAUGGGGAACAUGGAGAAGAACUGAGAACGUGGCUCCAGGCCAAUUCAAUGUAUCUACCCUACUAGACAAGUCCAGGGAAGGAGACAACCAUUUAACCAUUGUUAAAAAAAAAAAAAAAAAAGGGGGGAAACCCAUUGUCCCUCAAUAUAUGCUGUAGAAAGUCUUAAAUCCUUGUCUUAGAUAUUUCCUAACGGCCCAAUGAGUCUUUCACACCCAAAUUCCCAAUCACACCGAAGCAACUCCUUCAUCUAGUCUUCCUCAACACCAGCCAGCGAGUGGUUGAUCUACUAAUUUGGAAGUAGGGCACUCGCCAUCAUAUGCUCAUGUGUGUGGAUUUUGGUUUCUACCUCUGGAAUGGAAAUUUUCCUGCGCUAGAUGGAGGGAAAUGCUGUCCUGGACUUUCCUCUAAUCAAGAAAAAUGUGCUCUGUGCAAUGCUGAUUUGCAGAGUUUUCUCAUGGAUGAAUCUACUUCAUGCUUAUCCCUUUUUAUUGGACUAAGUUCUAUUGGAAGGCAAGUUCUUAACUCUUUAUUAUGCAAGAGCACUUGUUUGUUUGUGACAUUUUUGCGAGUUUCUUUUUCUAUGAAUCACAUUUCCUGAUA